CCCCCCCAGCUCUCUCGGUUCCCAUUGGCCAAUUCGAGAAGCCAAUCACAGAGUUGGUCCAAUCACGUGGCUGCAUAGGCGGUGGGUGGGGUUCAGUGGCGGGGCCCCGCCCACCGCCCGCCUGAGGGAGAGGCCGCGGCGGGGACGCGCUCUUCUCUUAGGAAACGCCACCAACUCCUCACAGCACGGAGGCCCAGCAUGAAUGGGAACUGUGCUGGGGGCACAGAAUGGUUGAGAAAUCUGGAGUCCAGCUGUCCUGUGGAAAACAGAACUGUAGCAGCCCAUGAGUCAGAAGAAAGUUCUGUGGUGUUAGGAGGUCACAGCCCUGCAGCUCCCAGGACUGAGGGUUUGGAUUCUGAAUGCCGACACAACACUUGCCCAGUAAGUCCCCAGAUCAGUGGCAUGCUGUCUGCUCCUGAAGAACCUCACAACUGCCAUAUCCCAGAUGGAAAUAAGAGACAGCUGGAAUAUUUUAAUACCCAGGAACGCCAUGGAUGCUGUGCAUUGUCUUCAAGCAGCAGUUCCCAGACAGUAGCUCCAGAGAAAGUGACCCUGGUGGUGGAUGGCACCCGCUUUGCUGUGAAUCCCCAGAUCUUUACUGCUCACCCUGACACCAUGCUGGGAAGAAUGUUUGGGCCAGGCAGAGAGUACAAUUUCACCCGGCCAAAUGAGAAGGGCGAGUACGAGAUCGCAGAAGGGAUCAGCUCAGCUGUGUUCCGCACAGUGCUGGAUUAUUACAAAACUGGAAUAAUUAACUGCCCUGAUGGGAUUUCCAUCCCAGACCUUCGAGACACGUGUGAUUACCUCUGCAUAAACUUUGAUUUCAACACAAUCAAAUGUCAAGAUUUAAGUGCUCUGUUACACGAGCUCUCCAAUGAUGGGGCUCACAAGCAGUUCGACAGCUACCUGGAGGAGCUGAUCCUGCCCAUCAUGGUGGACAGCGCGAGGAAGGGGGAGCGCGAGUGUCACAUCGUCGUACUGACCGAUGAGGACACCGUGGACUGGGAUGAGGAUCAUCCACCUCCCAUGGGAGAGGAGUAUUCACAAAUCCUUUACAGUUCCAAGCUGUACAGAUUCUUCAAGUACAUUGAGAACCGGGAUGUGGCAAAAGCUGUGUUAAAGGAACGGGGCCUGAAGAACAUUCGCAUUGGCAUCGAAGGGUAUCCCACCUGCAAGGAGAAGGUGAAGAGGAGGCCCGGUGGCCGCUCCGAGGUGAUCUACAACUACGUGCAGCGGCCGUUCAUCCAGAUGUCCUGGGAGAAGGAGGAGGGCAAGAGCCGCCACGUUGAUUUCCAGUGUGUUCGGAGCAAAUCCCUAACAAACCUGGUAACGGUGGGGGAUGAUGUUUCAGAGGACCACGAAGUUAUAAUGCAUCACCCCCCACAAGUGGAUGAACUGGACAGGCUGAAUGCCCCCUUCUCCCAAAUGGUUGUUAAUGAUCUACCGGAUUAGUGUGGCUCAGCGUGGAGAAUCCUGCUGGAUGUGGGAACCUCUUGCCGCAGUUUCAUCCCAGGUGAUGGGACACAGACUCCUGCAAGGUGCUUUAUCCUCGUUCAUGCUCUUACUACGUUGUCAUAUUUCAAGCAUGUUAAUAAAGAGCCACACUCCAUAGUCUUAAUUGUGCAAUCAAAAGCAACGUCUCCUCAGACAAAAAGAAACGACCUGUUGUUUCUACUACAAAGGCUUCCGGAUUGUGGGUGCUGAAUAUUUUAUCUAAACUUCUGAAAGAAGAGCACAAGUGCGUAGAAACGUUUUGUUUGACAUAGAGGAAAUUCUGGGCCUGUCAAGACAAAGCUUUCUUUUACCAUUAGGCACAGCUUUGUGAGUCACAGAGGAGUGAACAUCAAAGCAGGACAGAUGAUACCCUCUAUCAACCAGCAGAAAUGUAGCACAGUGCGACAGCGAAACCCUGAGCACGGAGGAAUCUGUUUGCACUGCCACCUGGCUUUGGAUCCAGUGUGGUGUACUGCUGCCCUAGGGAAGGAGGAACCAGUUCCAUAGGAGGCAUAUGCCUGGUCACAGGAGUUCCCCAUCUGUACUUCUCCGUGAGAUGAAAUCAUUGUUUUUAGGGAUGUUUUCUGUUAAGUUCAGUAAAAUGAGUAGAUCAUGCUGAAGGAAAACCCAAAAGAGACUGUAGCUGAUAUUUUACCAAUAAAAUAAAUCUGUUAAUACUCAAAUAGAUGUAAGAAGCUUUCUAGAGGUGACUGUGCAUGCUGAAGUUGAGUUGUCUUCUCCAUCCUCUUGCUAAAACAAAGCCAAUGGAGGAGCUCUGUUUAGUACCUGAGUAAAAGCCUUGGUCUCAUCAACCUUAGUCAGUCAGAAUUGCUGUAGACUCUCCUAGGAGCUGCUGCUGAAGCUUUAAAAAGCCAGCUACUUUCCUCCCAGUUUGGACUGACUGGACCAUUUUACUGUCAGGCAGGUAAUAAAUACCAACAGUAAACCAGGCCUCAGUAGAGAAAAAUGCACAUACCUGGGAACAGCUCUCCUUUGCAGCAUUGAAUGUAUUAUCCUGAUCUAUGUAAGGCUCUGGGAAUUUGGGUUCAGGAACAGGCACACUCCAGGCUGGUUUAGCUCAGGUGGAUUGGAGCCUCACUGGUCCUGCUCCUGCAGCACUGAGUUCCCUGUGGGAGUUCCCUGUAGGAACUGGAUACUCCAUUAUUGCUUAACACCUGAUGAGCACAGAGUUCUGCCCUUCCCCAGAAUGGGGCUGCCUCACAAAGCCAUCCCUUCUGAUGGCUGUGUAAAGGCUUUGUGUACCCAAACCAGAGUUUUUAAACAUGCUGAAACCAUUCAAGAAGAAAGAGAGGGACAGAGCUCCUGACAAAGCUGGGCAGGUCAGUGCUGCUCUGGCAAAGGUGUUAUAAUCUGGAUUGCCUGGGUGUUGAGUUACCUGGUCAGACUUGGCAAAACUGAGGUGUAGGUAUCAGUCUGGCCCUAGAAAGUUUAAUCCUGUUUUGGCAGGGCUGCAACAUCAAGCAAAUUUGUAUUGCUCUCCUUCUGACUGCAAGUGCAUGGUGGAUUGAGCAGUGAAGUUUGCUGCUGGUUGCUGCUAAUGUGUUUGUGGUUUUCAGUGCAAGUAACAUGACAGGAUCAAGCAGAAAUUUUCAGUUGCAAGUAACAAAUCUCUGCCACGGCACAUUUUAGUUUCCAUUAGUAUGGAUACAAAUUCCAUUCUCUCAGUGUUUCUGUUCUUAGCUUCUUUCCCAAGUGCAGCAAAUAGAUCUCUUCUAAAAAGUGCCUAUAGGAAGAUUUCAGGACACCUAAGGGUUCCAGGUGUUCAGAUGCCCAGAUUCCACUUGUCUACUUUAGAACUCCUCUCUGUGUCAGGGUCAGUAGAGAGAAGUGUCAGGUCAUUGGGUCAGUAGAGAGAAGUGUCCUUUGGUGCCUGCACAGAGCUGGGGUGAUGUGCAGAUACUCUGUUAUUGCUCCAGAUGAAUUGCUGUUUAUGUGGUAGAUAAAGGAAGAUACAUGGCCCAUGAACCUCCACCAGGGGCCAGACCAGCCCCACUCCUUGCCUUGGAGAUGAGCUGUUCCUCGGGACAAGCACAAGCACUGGUGGAACUUGUCCCUAGGCCCUGAGUGCUCAGCAGUGCUGGCUCCCUGGCUCUGUGAUUGUUUUCCAGUGUGUAUUUAUUUCCCCAGCAGUGUCAGGUUUAAGAGUGUUGGUAUUGCCCAGCUGAGCUGGAAUUGGAGGUUCCACAUGUUCUGCUCUAAGGACUGAAGUGUGGGUGUUGUUCAGAGCUCCUCCUCAUGACUGUGUCAAGGCAUCAGGUGCUGAGAAUUGCACCUCAGUGGCACCUUUUGGGAUCUGGCAGCUGAAGUACCAUAUCCAGCCAAACCAAAUCCCACCCAGUGUGUCCCUGAGCCAAGGGAUUCAGGAAAUGCAGGAAAUUUAUUAAACUGCACCAGGCCCUCUUGAGAGUUCCAGACUCUCAGUGCCUGUAGGAGCUUGUGGUUCCCUGUGCACUCAACUGGACCAUCAGCGUGGGAUGGACAUAUCCAGCUCCCAUGACUUCCAUACAGUUUUUACCACUUACCCACUCUAGUUUAUCGUCUUUCCCAAGUAAUUACUCAUUUUGGACUUCACUUUUUUUUUUUUUAGUAGAGCCAGUUCCAUUGGAACACUGAAUCAAAUUUUAAAAGUGUUUGCUUUUCCUCCUCUCACACCUACUUCAAGUACAAGGUCAACUUUUGUCUUACUCUAGAUGUACUGAAGUGCUCCUGUGCUGUGUAUGAACCCCAGAUGUAUGGUUUCUUUUCUGUAUUAAAAUAUAAAUUAUAUGUGA